CGUCGUGUUAGCUCUAAUAGUGCUUCACUUGGUUGAUUCAGAGUUUAGGCCUGGAAACGCCCUCUUUUCUUGAAGACUUUAACCUGCCUUUCCCCUCACUCUCCGCAAAAUCCACUAGCACAAAAGGAAAGCAAAACGCUUUCAUCACUCUUAGCAUUCAGAUAUCGCCAAAAUAAGCAAUGAUAAUUCGAGUCCCUCUCCCUCAGCUAUCUGUUUCAAGGUACGUUUCACGAUUCUCGUUUCUUCCCUUUAAAUUCUUCUGCUCUGAUCCCAACCCUCCCCUAAACAACGACGUCGAUACCGUCUAUCGCGUAAUAACUUCCUCCACCUCUUCAAAACACUUGACCCAAUCCUUAAAAUCAACUGGGGUUUUUCUCUCUAAUGAUUUGAUCGAUAAAGUGCUAAAAAGGGUCAGGUUUAGCCAUGGGAAUCCUUUGCAAGCUUUUGAGUUCUUUAACUAUACUGGAAAAAGAAAAGGGUUUUAUCACACCGCAUUUUCUUUGGAUACUAUGCUUUAUGUUCUGGGUAGGAGCCGCAGAUUUGAUAAAAUUUGGGAGGUUUUAAUUGAUAUUAAGAGAAAAGAUCCGUCUUUGAUAAGCCCUAGAACUAUGCAAGUCGUUUUAGCUAGAAUUGCAAAGGUUUGUUCUGUUAGAGAGACGGUAGAGAAUUUCUGGAAGUUUAAGAAGCUUGUUUCUGAAUUCGAUAUAUCUUGUUUUAAUGCAUUAUUAAGGACGUUGUGCCAAGAGAAAAGUAUGAAGGACGCUAGGAAUGUUUAUCAUAGUUUAAAGCAUGAUUUUAGGCCAAAUUUGCAGACUUUUAAUAUACUUUUGUCUGGUUGGAAGUCCUCAGAGGAAGCCGAGGGUUUCUUCGAGGAAAUGAAGGAAUUGGGUGUUAAACCAGAUGUUGUUUCAUAUAAUUGUUUGGUUGAUGUGUAUUGCAAGGGUAGAGAAAUGGAUAAAGCAUACAGGGUGGUUGAGAAGAUGAGAGAUGAGGAACUUUGGCCUGAUGUGAUCACAUAUACGAGCAUUAUUGGGGGCUUAGGACUGGUUGGUCAGCCCGACAAAGCUAGAGACGUUUUGAAGGAAAUGAAGGAGCACGGAUGUUACCCAGAUGUUGCAACCUAUAAUGCUGCGAUUAGAAAUUAUACCAUUGCGAAGAGGCUGGGUGAUGCUUAUAGUUUGAUGGAUGAAAUGGAUAGCAAGGGUUUGAGUCCCAAUGCAAGAACUUACAAUCUGUUCUUUAGGGUCUUUUAUUGGAUGAACGAUUUGAGUUGCUCGUGGAGUUUGUAUCAGAGGAUGAUGUAUUCUGGGUGCCUGCCUAAUACACAAUCUUGUAUGUUUCUGAUUAGGUUGUUUAGAAAGCAUGAACAAGUGGAGAUGGCACUGCGGUUGUGGAAGGACAUGGUGGAGAAGGGUUUUGGGUCUUAUACUUUGGUAUCUGAUGUGUUGUUUGAUCUGCUUUGUGAUAUGGGGAAGCUGGUAGAAGCGGAGAAAUGCUUCUUGGAGAUGAUAGAAAAGGGUCACAAGCCUAGCAAUGUUUCUUUCAAGAGGAUCAAGGUGCUCAUGGAAUUGGCAAACAAGCAUGAGGCUAUUAAGAACUUGAUAGAAAAGAUGUCUGUUUUUGGGUCUUCAAUCCAACUCUCUGGAGGUGCUCAGAAUCAUACAGAAACAUUAGAUUUAGAUUCACUUAGUGUUAAUCAUGUCAGAACUAACUAAUGAAGCAACCAUGGAGGUACAAUCAUAUUCGAAAAGAGGCUUUUCUAGACAAUCAAGAAGAUACACCAUAUGAAGAUUGAAAAAGCUGUGAAGACUGCCUACAUUUUUCUUCAAGCUCGUGGGUCAUCGGCACAGUUGAUUACCGUAUGUGGACUACCAUUUGACUUGUUAUGUGGACUACCAUUUGACUUGUUUUUUUAUCUAGUUCUAUGACUUGUUAUGUGGAUCUGGUAAUUGGUUUGUUCCGAUUCUGAUAGAUGCUACAGACAUGGCAUUUCCACUGUUAAAUAAAAUUUUAUUCUGGAGGAGCAGUUGAUUCAGCAA